AUGAACAGGUAUCAGUGUGAACGACUUUGUUGGUACCGGAAACUGUGUAAGACCUACUCUUACAUCUACAACAGGACCCUGGCCUCUGAUGUUGUUUAUGAACAGCUCCAAGACAACGGAUGUUGCGCCCGCCAUUGCAAAGAAACUGAGGUGUGCGUUCCCACCUAUGAUUCACCUUUCUACAAGUGUCUACCUUUUUCUGCAGAAUGUCAAGCGCCGCCUCAAGUUGACGGUACCUACGACAGUGACAGGCUAGUCCAGGGUCAAAGGACAAACUUCACGUGCAACUCGUCUCUACUGUGGAUUCCUCGUCACGCCGACAAGACGGUCACGUGUCAAGUCACCGGCAAGUACAGCGGACUCAAAGGGACGUGUGAAAACACAACCCACUACUCACCGAGUAUUCCAUUCAACAAGCCACUACCGGAUCUCACUGCAAAAGAAUGGGAGGCCUGCUUCAAGGGUAUUUUCAUUGGAACUCAAAGAAUGACAUUCAACUUUCACGACAGGCAGGAUGCUUCGUGUGAUUUCAAUCCUAAUAAUUAUGGGAACAUUUACCUCUCACUUGAUUUCCGUCACAACUUUGUGGUCACCCAAGAAGUGAUGUGGGCCACUGGUCUGAAUAACUGCUCCUGGUCUCCUCAUUCAAUAGGACCUCUUCUACUACAGCCCAGCAACUACUUCGAGAUUACUCUGAGGAUCUUGUUUAACAACACAAUGCAGAUUAUCUACAAAGAUCACCCAACCCAACAACUCGACCUGGUGUCAAACCACAUCAACUUGACAAAAGUCACGUACUUGGAGAUUCUAAAUCAUGUCAAACUUUUCUACGUCAACGUCAUCAAAGGAUGUGACUGGCUCUACAAAUAA